ACGACUCUGCAGAUUAUGCUAGGAUCCUACACGCGUGCUCGUCUGUACACGCACACAAGUGUUCGCAACCUUUUGUUUACAAUCGCGCGAGUUCUUCGUACUGCAGUGUUCCGUGAGUGACCUCUCCGAGUGGUGGAAUGAAGAAAAAGUGCUCAAAAAUGUGCGCCGUUCGAUAUAUGUAACGAACGCACACGGGCAGUUGUCUGCAAUUCAUACGUUAGUGAUACGUUAUAACGGGUAUACAAGAUUACUCGUUAGAGUACAAGAAUCUCAGUAUCUAGUGCCGAAUUCAGCAUAUUUAUGUGAUUGUGCUUACCGAAUGCCUCGCAGUGAUACGUUUUUCAAUGUGAAAAUUCGUUAUGCGUAAUGAUAAAUUAAAAUAUUUGGCAUUCGAUUCGUGUCUUCUAAUGAUUCUGUUGUUGUUUGAGAUAAGGCCAGUGUAAAUAAUUACCCUCGAUACUUUUUCUGCUCCGGUGCAUAUAAAAAGUUGUGUGUUAGUUUCGCUUCUUGAGAUUGAGCUCCGAACAGAACAAUACGAUGGAAGUCGAACCACUCGAAAUUGCGAUGGAAGAGAGCACGGAUCAAUUUUGUACCGAUAUGCAAAAUGUCACUUGUACUCCGAACAUCGAUUAUUACAUUCAAAAUUCAUUAUAUGAUCCAGACGAAUUCAACCCAAAUAGUUUUAAUAAUUUUAGACCAAUGAUUAAUGUACAAUACGAUAUAGAGAAUUAUAACUCUGAACUUGUUCCAUACUCCAAUGCUAAUCAACAUUUACAACAUGGUAAUAGUUCAUUUUUAAAUCAAAACUCAUCGGGUAUUAAUUCCAUUGGGUUGGAUAUCAAUGUUCAUGUUGCUACUCAAAAACUUGCAAAUAUACAAUUAGAAUAUGAUGAUCGAUUAACAAAAAUGAAAUCAAUUAUGCAUCAGCCAAAAAAUAAUCAAGAAAUAUGUAGAAUGAAAAAAGUUCAAUUCUUACUGCCUAGAAAAAUAGAAGAAAAACGAAAUGUAAGCAGUCUAAUACGCAUGUAUUGCUCCAAAUGCAAGAGAGGAUUUCAUAACUAUACGGAAAAGACUUGUCAAUUAUGCAAAUCGGAUAUUUUAUAUCAAUGCACGAAUUGUACAUGUGUUUAUAAAACAUUCAUCAUGAUCCAGAAUCAUUUAAAAUAUGAUUGCGCAGAGGAUAAAAUAUUUUAUUGUACUGUUUGUAGCUACUCAAGUACCUAUAAAACGCAACUAAGGCUUCAUUUAAAAAAUGAACAUCCUUACUUAUACAAUAAGCAACCAGUGCAUUUAUGUUCAUUAUGUAACAAGAAAUUUAAAAGUCAGUACAAUGCUCUUGCUCAUGAGAGAGUAUGUGGCUUUGAACAAGUACACUCCUGUGAUUUUUGUACAUUCAAAGCCAAAUCUAGAGCUGGUCUUAAAAUUCAUUGCACUACAAAACACCAAAAGCAAGAUGAUUCAUAUCAUAAAUGUCCUAAAUGUUAUUUAAGAUUUCGAACUAUUGGAAAUUUAAAUCGACAUAUUAAGCGUUCUUGUUGCAAUAAAUCAAAAUACCAAUGUGAUCAUUGUGAUUUUAAAACAAACAAACGAUAUCCUUUAAUGGAACAUAUGCAGCGAAACCAUUCUGAACUAUUUAAUCAUAAAAGUAUAGACAAGUAACAUUUUAGAAUUUAUUAAAAUAUUUUUCAUCAAACCAUAACUUAGAUAAUGAAUUGUAGUUAUGCAAAGAAAUCAACUUUUCAAAAAGAAUUAUUUUAAUUUUAU